UUAGUAUUUCUCUAUUUUUAUACACCAUGUCUUCGGUAGAUAAAGCGAAAGAGGUCGCUGAAGCUGUUGCAAAUGCUGAAGAUCUUGAAGAUGAAGCAAAGGAUACAAUUACCGCUUUAUCUGUCUCUUUAGAAAACCUGGCAACUGUAGCUGAAACAGCACGCGAGUUUGGUGAACCUCAGCAGAAUGUUGUUAGAGAUGUCGUUACUGGAGCAACAAAUGCUAUUACUACAACAAUUUUGGCUAUUGAGGCUCGUGCAGCAGCUCGUAAUGUCAUUAAUGAAGCAUCAAUUCAAGCUGCAAUUGACGACGAAAAUGCGGAAAGGGAGGUCAAUCAAAUGAUAGAGGGGAAUGCUCAUGUUGAUCCAGUUGGUAAUGUUGCUGUAGAAGAUGGAGAAGAGGAAGUUCAAGCAAAUGAGCGUAAUGAUGAUGAGGAUGGGGAAGCAACGGAUAUUUCGGAAACUGCUGGCACGUCAACAUCAAACGGAGCUUCAACUAGUGGAUCGGAUGCUUCUACAACAGCUGCAAGUUCACGCUCAAACGUCUAA